GCAGAGGAGCGAUGCUGCGCGAGCCAGGAUUGGAGGUGGGGAGGGGGUGAAUCCAAAGCAGUAGUGAGGCUCUAGUGACUGCGUUCGCUCCCCCCUACGACCAUCGUCGCCGUCUUCUUCAUCAUCCACCGCAGCCAGCUACAGGGCGAGGCCACAAACCCCUAGUUCAUCAUGCCUAAGAGAAAGUCUCCAGAAGGUGCAGAGGGCAAGGAUGCAGCUAAAGUAACCAAACAAGAGCCUACCAGAAGAUCUGCAAGAUUGUCUUCGAAACCCGUCCCUCCAAAACCUGAAGCAAAACCUAAAAAGCCAGCAGCCAAGAAAGAGGCAGGAACCAAGGCAAGCAAAGGCGGUAAAGGGAAGAAGGACGAAAAGCAAGAAGCUGGAAAGGAAGGUACUACUACACCAUCUGAAAAUGGUGAAACUAGCGCUGAUGAGAUUCGCAUCUCGCGCUCAACUGUUAAUGUUUCCACAUCCAGAGGUGCCCUGCCCAGCACACUGUCAAUAAAAGGGCAGAUUGAAACAGUGAAAGUUAAGGGCACGGAAAACUGAAGGCGAUAAGAAUGAAUGAACUGGUCAUGGAUAUUGAGCUGAUUUUACGUACCUCUUCAAGAACUUUAAGAAAAAAAAAUAUUUUUCUCAAGUAUUUUGUAAAUGCCAAUUUUUUUAGGACUAUGGUAGUUUAACUUUUACAUAUAUAUAAUGUACAUGAACAUUUUCCUUCUCAUAAUCAUGCUUUGCUGAUGCUCCCCUCUCGUCUGCAAAUUUAAAAAAUCUAAGUUAGUUUUAGUGAGUGUGCUUGGGGCUGAAUUGUAUUUUUUUAUUGCUUUGCAAAUGGGGGGGAAAUGUGUUGUGCAUUUGCUGAUGUUUUUUACUGUGCAUAUCUGGAUUUUUCCAUGCUGUUUUCUAUAGCAAUAAUCAGUGGUGCUUUUGUACUUACGGUUUAUGUGGUUUUGAUGAUGACUAAAUUGUUGUGACCAUCUGCUGACUGUUCUGGUUCUUUUAACGGUUAAAAUAAAAGGUGUACCCUUUUAAAAA